AUGCGCUUCUCCGCCGCCCUCGUUGCUCUCCUGCCCGCUGUGGCGUUCGCUCUCGACAAGCCGCUCGACAUUGAGGUCACGAACAAGGUGGAAUGCCAGCGCAAGACCGUUGCGGGCGACAAGAUCGACGCGCACUACCGCGGCACGCUGGAGGACGGCACUGAGUUCGAUGCCUCCUACAACCGUGGACAGCCCCUCUCCUUCACCGUCGGCGCUGGCAUGGUUAUCAAGGGCUGGGACCAGGGCCUGCUCGACAUGUGUGUGGGCGAGAAGAGGCGUCUGACCAUUCAGCCAGAAUGGGCGUACGGUAGCCGCGCCAUGGGUCCCAUUCCGGCGAACAGCGUGCUUGUCUUCGAGACCGAGCUGGUGGGCAUCCAGGGCGUUUCUCGCGAUGAGCUGUGA